GAUUUCACACAUUAGAGCGGGCUUUGUUCCAACAAGACAGGCCUGAGGGUUUCUUUUGUUUGUUUUUUUUAGGAGAUGAAUGACUAAGAGUCAGAGAGAGAGAGAGAAAGAGAGAGAGAGAGAGAGAGAGUUAAUAUUCGGUUAAAACGACCCGUGGAAGUGGGAGGUGGGAAAAGAGUUUCCUGUUGUUGGACAAGAUCAGUCAGGACAGAGCGAGUGAGCAGCCCAGAGAGACACAAACUCCAGAUAGACAGACAGAAAGAGAUAGAGAGAGAGAGAGAGAGAGAGAGAGAGAGAGAGAGAGAGAGAGAGCAAAAGAUGAGGUUCUCUAUUCUCCUGCUUGCUGUGUUGGCAUUGCCGUGUGUGUCCUGGGCCGAGGCUGAAGGAAACGGCACUGCACUCGCCCAGGAUAUUCAGAGCGACGGCGUGAGAGGGCGAGGAGACACUCCCGACAUCAUUGAAGAUCCUGAGCCCACGGCCGCCGAGUCCGACUAUGAGAAUAACUACAACUACUUGUUGUCGCGGCUGGCGGCUGUUGACCAGGCCAUCCAUAAGCUGAACGUGGGCCACUACACGCUGGACGUGAAGGUGAGCCAGCUGCUGGACAGGCUGCUGCAGCUGGAGGGCAAAGUGGCCGAUGUCGAGGACUCCAUUCACGACGUCUCCAACUUCUGCAGGGAUAACCGCAGAGAAAUCGGCCGUCUGGAAGGUUGCGUUAAGGGCCGGAAGGUUGGUCAGAAGUGCUUCCUGGUGUACCGCGUGUACGACACCUACGUUGGUGCUUCUCAGAAAUGCCAGGAGCGCGGUGGACGCAUGGCAAUGCCGCGGGACCGGCGUGAACAAGAGGCUCUGGCAGAGUAUGUGAAGCUAGUCUUACCUGGCAGUAACUGGCCCGUGUGGCUGGGCAUUAAUGACCUGCGCUCUGAGGGGCUCUACCUGUUCGACGACGGCACACGGGUCACCUAUUUCCAGUGGAGGAAACACUUCCUGUCCAGCCAGCCAGAUGGCGGGAAACGGGAAAACUGUGUCGCAAUGUCCUCCGAUGACGGAGACUGGUGGGACAACUACUGCGAUCGCCGCAUGUACUACCUGUGCGAGUUUGAGGCUUGACAUGUAAUUGGGGUCAAGCCCAAAGUCUUCUAACUCAAAUUUAAAGGGGCAGUAUGUCAAUUUUUACUGCUUUCCUCUACAAACAGCCACCAACCAUCUGUUGGAAUGACAUAUUUCUUGUGACUUGCAGAGCUGAGCAGCUGAUUUCCAGGUGGGGGGUUUUCUAAUUUCAGAGACAGAAAUAAGGAAUCUAAAAUCCUGAAAUAUAAAACUAAAGGCAAAUUAAACACGCGCCCCGCUCAAUAGUUCACAACUACGUAGCAAUGUUAUUUCCGCUAAAAUACGUGACACACUGUACCUUUAUCUCUGAUGACGUCAUUAUUAUCGAACUACUUAGUAGUAACGCAGCUUUAACUCUUUAUGUAAGUCGUUUGUUUACUCGCAAUUUGCCGCACACGGAGCUGACGAAAGAAAGCGUUCUUUGUUAAGAAAAGAAAACAGAAGGGGGUUCCUGAGUAUUCUGGAUGGAUUUGAAUAAAACUUUUUUAAUUAACUGGAA